AUGACAUCAGUGGAUUUACGUCUUGAUGAUGAUAUUCCUCAACCAAGUGUACCUGCUAGACUUUCACUUACAGAAAAUCCAGAACAAAGUCUUCCAAGCGCUCCAUCUUUCUAUGCUGAAGUAAAUCACCCAACUUCUCCUCUACUCUGUACAGAAGCUCAAAAAAUUGACAUUGUCAUCAAUGAAUUCGAAAAAAAAGGGGAAGGAAUGAGUGCAUACAUUGUAUACAAAGUUGUUACUACGACUCAAAAUAUGAUGGGUUAUGCAAAUCGAGAGAAUGUCGUUUGGCGGCGAUUUAGUGAUUUUCUCGGUCUUCAUAAAAAAUUGGUGGACAAAUAUUUUUAUAAAGGUUAUUUGGUGCCAGCAGCUCCAGAAAAAAGUCUUGCUGCUCUUACGAAGACAAAAAUAAAUGCUUCUGUUGACGAUAAUACGAAUAAUGAAUUCGCAGAACGUCGAGCAAGAAGUCUUCAGAGAUUCUGUAGGCGUAUUGCUCGUCAUCCUAAAAUGGUUGUUGACUGUGAUUUCCGAGAUUUCUUGACAAUGACAGCAUCUCUACCUCGAUCCAUUUCUACAGCAACCUUAAGUAGUGCUGGGGUUAAGAGAAUGUUUAAAACAGUCGGAGAUGUGUUGUCAAGAAUGGCAUUUCAUAUGGACGAAAAUGACCGAUGGUUUGAGACUGCACAACAGCAAAUGGAAGAUAUGGAACAAAGUUUGAAUAAAUUGCUCCGGGUAGUUGAAUCGUUGAUUUCAUAUCGUCGAGAACUAAUAUCUGGUACCGACACAUUUUCUAAAGCACUCGCAAUGCUUGCUUCUUGUGAGGAGAAUACGAGCCUUGCACGAUGUUUAUCCUAUUUGACUGAAACAUAUGAAAAUAUCGAUCAGUUACACGGUACACAGUCGGAGAAAGAUUUUGAUUUAAAAUUCGUCCUUCAUGCUCCUUUCUUACUUGGAAUAACUAAAUUUUGGGAAUUGUUUUUCGAACGAGUCAAAAUUUGGCAAAAUUGGCAGAGUGCGCAACAAAACCUGACUAGGAAACGCGAAAUAAAGGCUCGUCACGAACUUUCUGGUCGAACAGACAAAGCAAAUCAAAUUAUUGAAGAAUUGAAUUUCGUACAAAAAGCAGUUGAUGAAGCAGAAAAGGAGUUUUCCGAAGUAAGUAAAGUUAUUCGUGGAGAAUACGAAAUGUUUUUGGUUGGUCGAAAGAGUGACAUGGACGAAAUGCUCAAGCGAUAUCUUCAAGAACUCCUUGAGACUCAGAAACAACUUUUACGUCAUUGGGAAAGAUUCGCGCCCGAAACACAGUCUAUCGCGACAGUGUAA